GUAGAAUGUACAGGGCAGUAGUUUUCCUCCUUUUAAGUUGCUUUGCCGAGGAAACAUGAACGGCCGCUAAUUGGCAGCUGCGGACGACCGGCCAUCCUGCCCUAUCUCACCCGGCGGACUCAGCAGAGAACCACACUGGGUUACUAUAUUAGCUCUGAGUCUCUGGAAUAAGGUGGGCAAGUGCCGAAGUCGCGCAACCAAGACAAGACAGGAUGAGAGAGGGAGGCCACGGCAGAGGAGGAAAAUAGAGAGACUAGAAAGGAGGGGGAAGAAGAAGAAGAUAAAAUCGAGGCAGAGCAACACAGGAACGCCAAACAGAAUCUCUGGGAUAAAUAAAUAAAAAGACUUGUUUGGAGGAAAAGGCGAGCUAGAUGAAAAAAUGAAGCCGAUAAAAAAGCAGGGCCGACGCUCUCCUCCCUCCACCCGGGCCAAAGGGGGGAAGCGUCGCGGAGCGGGGGAUGCCCUGGAAGGAGGGGAGAAGAGAGACUCAGACGAAAGCAGAGACAGAAGCAGAUCCCCACAAAACCGAAAACCCUCCUCUUCAUUUUCUUCUAAUUCACAUUCAGAGUCCAUACAGACAGAUCUACUGAAAGCGCGGGACACUUCAGAGGGGGAGGGGCUUCACAGAGAAGGACUGUCAGAAACAACAGUGUCGCUUGUGAUGGAUUCUGGGAAGUUUUUGACAUCUUCAGAUGACAGAUCAGGGAGGUCAGCUGUGAGCAUUGACAGUGGUGGUAGCAGUGGUAGUAACAGCAGUACGCCCAGCGCCAACAACAGCCCAAACCCCGCCUCCAGCCGAAAAACUGCCACAUUCAAGGCCCGUGUUCCGAAGAAGAAGUACACUUCUGAACACUGCUUGUCUGCAACUGGUAACCAUAGCAACCCUUCCUCAAGCACGCCUCCUCCACUUUCUCUUAGUGGUGGUGUCAUCAACCACGGGUCAACAGGUUUAGGAAGCGACAUCUGUGUCUCGCACUCUGAUGGCAACAGUCAGAGUCGGAGCCUGAUGGAGGACUUCCACAGCAGGAGUCAGUGCAGCUCCCCAGGACCCCCUACCCUGACGCUGGGAGGGGACAGGGAUAGACCACCAGGAUGUGAAGUGAUGAGGGAUGUAGAGCGAGUGUUGCCUAGCCCCUUGCCCCGCUGCUCCUCUACGGACACCGCAAGCGAGCACUCAGCUGACCUAGAGGUUGUCGGCGAGUCACACGCCCCCACGCAGAUGUCUUCACAUGUGCCACCCAGUCUCCCUGAUGCUUUGUCUGAUGCCCUGGCCAAAGGGCUGAAGAAUCAGCGUAUCCUUGCCCGCCAGCUCAGGAGAAGAGAGGAUGAGAAUGGAGGAGGUGAAAGGAGGGAUGAAGGGUUUUCAGAUCUGGUGUUCCGGGCUGGAGUCGUCCGUAAGGUCAGCGGUGAAUUUGGAAGCCUGGAGGUGCAGCUGAAUGGUGAGAAGACACUGUGCCGUUAUCCCUAUCGACAUGACAGCCCCCCAGGGGUGGUAGACAUUAUACUAGAUGCCCCGCCCCCUGGUGUACAUCCAAUAGCUAUUGGCACCCGUGUAUGCGUUCCUUUUGGCAACGAGGAGGGCACCGAGGGCCAGUGGCAGUGGUACAGGGAAGGUGUGGUGACCCAGGUGGACACACACCCUGCUGUUGCCAACCGCUACCGUGUCCUGCUGUCUGAGGAAAGAGCUGACUCACUGGACGAGGAAGAAGAUGGCAGAGGGACAACUGUGGGCACCCAGGCAGUGUGGGUGUCCCGACAAACACUCAGGCUCCUGGUGCCACCUUGGGACCUGGAUCUGCCUCCUGGAGGAGGACAAGAUGGAGAAGAGGAGGUCGGGGGCGAGGAAAGGGAGCGGGAGGACAGGGAGGAGAUAGAUGUGGAGCAGGAGGUGUGUCGUUUGAGCCGGGGAAUGACACCCAGCAAGGGGAGAGGAAUCCCCUACCCUGGCACCGUCCCGGCUUCCUCCACGCCAGGCCACAACGUCACCACCCCAGUGACCCCGGUGUCCGUGCUCAGCCUGGCCCCAAGCAGAGAGUGGGAAAUAGAGAAAGACUUAGAAAGGGAGAGGGAACUCCAGAGAAAACAGGAAAGAGAGAGGGAAAGAGAGCGAGAAAGGGAGAACUCUGCAAUGCAGCAGCGCCAACAGCAGCAGCAACACCACCCGUACAUGCCUCUCACCCCUGAAGAAGACAUGGAGGUGUCCCACUUUAACAUGCUCCCAAUGGGGGCGAUCAUACCUGGGGCCAAACCAAUGGCACUCCCCCAACACCGCCACAUCGUCUCUAAGCCCCCGCCUGGCUACCUCAACCCCCACCUGUCUGUGGUGCGGGGUAUUGGGAUCCCUCCUUCCCACCUGGCCUUGAACCCCCAUCCCCCUCCAUCACCUGUCCUCAUAGGCCUUGACCCAACAACUGCAGCAGUCCUUAACACCCCUCAGCUCCCUCCUCUCCCUCCCAUGUCCUCUUCCAACGCAUCCUCGAGAGUCGAGAAGGCCUCAGGAGGAGGUUCUUCCGGUGGAGGAGCAGGUGGUGGAUCCGGAUCGGGUUCAACCUCCUCCUCUUCCUCACGUUCCCGCACCCCUCUGACAGCUGCCCAGCAAAAGUACAAGAAGGGAGAUGUGGUGUGCACGCCAACGGGCAUCCGUAAGAAGUUCAACGGGAAGCAAUGGAGGAGGCUGUGCUCCAGGGAGGGCUGCUCCAAAGAGUCUCAGCGCCGGGGGUACUGCUCCCGACACCUCUCCAUGAGGACCAAGGAGAUGGAGGCCAGUGGAGGUGGCCGGGAACGGGGCGGAGCCAGCAGCACAGGGACCCUGACGCCGUCUGACCUCCGAAUGAGUGGUGGGAGAGCUAGCUCAGAGUUCGACUGGGAUGAGACGUCACGUGAGAGCAGCGAGGCAAGCAGCCGCGGGGGAGACUCCCGCCCACGCCUGGUCCUUCCCUCACUGCUCCCCCAGGACCUUUCUCGAUUUGACUUUGACGAGUGUGAGGCUGCAACCAUGCUGGUCUCUCUGGGGGGCUCCCGCUCAGGUACGCCCUCAUACUCCCCUAUCUCCAACCAGUCACCCUUCUCCCCUACCCCAUCACCCUCACCCUCUCCGCUCUUCGGCUUCCGGCCUGCUAAUUUCAGCCCCAUCACGGCUCCUGCCUCACUUACUCCACGCCGCCACCGCCAUCUUAGUGGCACUAAAAUGGGCACCCCAGGUGCUGAGCGAGAGCGCCACCUGUCGGGGAUCAUGCCCACAUUUCAGACCAAUCUCACUUUCACAGUACCCAUGAGCCCCAGCAAGAGGAAGCUCGACAACCACCCGCCCCCCCCGCUGCCUGUUAUCCAGGACUACCAGACCAAACCUGAGCAACACCAGCUGUUAGGGGGAGUUAUGGUGGGAGACCCAACCCUAGGACACAGCCCUGCAGCCUUCAGAGUCCUCUCCCCCCAGAGUCAGCCCACGACCCCUUCCUCACUUUCUUUCCCCCGGCCUCGUAGCGCCACCAGCAGGCCACCGUCCUCCGCUGCCUCCACGCCUCCACCCAUGCUUGUCUCUCCCACUCCUCCCUCACCACUGCCCCAGGAACCGUCCCCACGCCGAAUCGUACCCCUCCGUGAUUCCCCAGUCAUUGUUCGAAACCCUGAUGUCCCCUUGGCCAAGUUUUCGGAUGGACCGUUAGGGAGGAGGGAGAGGAGCAGGUCCAGAGAGCACAGUCAGCCCCAACACACAGCUACACCCGGCCUGCAGGUCCCCGUCCCCAUCAACGGGGCCACCACCAACGGGGCAGUUCUGCUGGGAAACCCCACAUCCACACUGGUCCUGGUCACCUCCAGCUCGUCUCUGACUCCAGCCUCAGUGGGCCACGCUGCCCUGUCCAGCCCCUCCACCAUGCCCACCUCAUCGGGCUCCAUCCUGUCCUCCUCUGGCUCUGGAGGUCGGGAGCGGGAGAGGAAACCUGAGGGACACCAGGAUGCCUCUGAGUGGGGGCUGCCGCAGCCAGUAGCCUGCCACCCCACUCCAACGGCCCUGCUGCCGCUCAUACUGCCAGCUGAUUCUCCUCACCCGGCUCCACGCAAGCAAAUCAUCAUGGGACGGCCCGGCACUGUUUGGACCAACGUGGAGCCUCGCUCUGUGCCAGUGUUCCCUUGGCAUUCACUCGUCCCUUUCCUGGAGCCCAGCCAAUCAGCAGAGGCUGCUCAGCCUGCUGAUGGCCAGCAGCUUGUCAAUCAGGGCAAAGAGCCUCGUUGCGGUGUGGCCCCGGUGAGUGUCGAGCGGACCGGCCCUCCAGACUUAGAGAGGGGAUCAACAUCCUGCCCUCCCCCGACCAAUGAGAAUCCUGCUACAGAGAGGGGCGGGGCUGACAGCGAGACGGAGAGCGAUACUGAUGACCCGUUUUCCCCGGGUGUGGCCAACGAUGCAACGCCCUCCUCUGGCCCCAUGAAGAGACGCACACAGUCCCUCAGCGCCCUGCCCAAGGAUUUAGACAGGAAGAGGGAGAAGGACCACAUCCGCCGACCCAUGAACGCAUUCAUGAUCUUCAGUAAACGCCACCGGGCCCUGGUGCACCAGCGGCAUCCCAACCAAGACAACCGCACCGUCAGCAAGAUCCUGGGGGAGUGGUGGUACGCUCUGGGGCCCAACGAGAAGCAGCAGUACCACGAUCUGGCUUUCCAGGUGAAAGAGGCCCACUUCAGAGCCCACCCAGACUGGAAGUGGUGCAACAAGGACCGCAGGAAGUCGCUGUCAGAGGGCCGUGGGACCCCAAAGGAGUCACGAGAGAGGAGCAUGUCAGAGAGCAUUGAUCCCCACCCAGACUCUCAGGUGCUGGAGGGGAAGGUGGGAGGCUCGGGCUGGCCAGGGGGAUCAGAGCGUCGAGUGGGAAUGUUCGGGGGGCAGCACCCCCGUCCCAGAGCCUUUUCCCAAAGUGCCGUGCACACCCUGGAGCAGAAGGAGAGAGAGAGCGAGCUGGAGAAGGACGGUGCAAGUUCUUUUCGCCACCGGCCCCUCCCUCAGUCCAUGUACCACGGCGAGGACGUGCCCAGCGACGAUGAGCGUAUGGUUAUCUGUGAGGAAGAAGGAGACGAUGAUGUCAUGGAUGACUCCUGUCCUGAAGGCUCCAUUGAUCUCAAGUGUAAAGAGAGAGUGACGGACAGCGAUGAAGACGAGCCGGACGGACAGCAUAACUUCCAGCCUCUUGCUCGCUCCUCUCUCCCUUCUUCCUCUCCCCCCAUCCUAACCUCCGCCUCAUCAAAAGAGAAUGGAGAAGCAGGAACAGGUGGUGAAGAGGAGAGGAACAGAAAGAGAGGUGCAGACGGAGGAGAGGAGGGGAGCGAGGGAAGAGUCAAGAGAGAAGAAACAUCAGCUGGAGAAAGAGGUGGUGUCUCCUCUCUGUCCAUAGCAGACCCAACAUCCAGCCCCCAGGCUCCCCUCGCUUUGGCCCAUCAGGGUGUGACCCAGGUCCUGGGCGCCGUCCGUGUGGCUCCCCCGACGGUUACCGACGUGGUACGACCCAUCACCAGCACGCCCAUCCCCAUCGCCAGCAAGCCGGUGGAAGGAGCCGCCACCCUCAGCUCCAUGCCUCAGGACAAGAAAGCCACUCUCCUGAUUAGAGGAGGAGGACUGCAGCAGCUGCCAAUCACCACAGGGGGUGGGUACCUGUCCUCAUCCCCCGGUCCACUCAGUGUCACUCCUAUGGGGGGCCUGGUCACUAGCCUAGUUCUGGGAGGGUCCUUUCCCGUCGCCCAGCCAGUUAAGCUUCUCGCCACUCAGCAGCCGCACGCACAAACCCCCCUCCCCGUCCUGCAGCCCCAUCUCCACCCCUCUGCCGCCACCUCCUCCCUGACAUCCCCCGCCGUCCCCAAGCCGGUAGCGCAGAUCCAGUACAUCCUGCCUACCGAGACCCCCUCCCACCCUCAACUCACCCACCAGCAAAUCCUCUCUCUGCCCACCAAUGCCCCCUUGGCCAAUGGCAUGCACUCAGGGGCGGGACUCAGAGUUGCAUCAGUCAGCCCUGGAAUCAGAGUUCAAACCCAGUCCCCGGUUAUGCCGAGCAAGAUGUUGGUUCCCAUGGCAACAGCGAGAUCAGGGUCUACUCCUCCUCAUCCCUCCAUUUCCCUGGUCGCUCCGCCUCUUCCUGUGCAGAACGGCGCCGUGACAGGAAACAAGAUCAUCCAGAUCGCUCCCAUGCCUGUGGUACAGACCAGCGUUCACCCUAGCUGCGCAGCAGCUGUGCACUCAGGGAGCCCUUUUCCUGUUUCCGUGGCGACGGUGAUGGCUCCUGGUGCAGCGCCCCCACAGACGGUGCUUCUGACCUCUCCACCCACCAGGAUCACAUAUGUCCAGUCAGGCCCAGGAGUUACCCCGGCAACAUCCCAACAGGCCACUCCCCCUCAUGGCUCUGCGUAUCUCCAAUCAUCCCUGGCGACCCUGGGCUUCGCCACUAUCGCCCCGGUCGGGCAAACCCUAGUUCAGCCGCCACUGUUAGCUCCAGCCCCACCCCUCAGCUGUCAAUCACAGACCCCUCCAGCUCAGGCCUCUGCAACUGCUGGUCGUCAGGUACUAACUGCCAUCUACCCUGCACCCUCCGGGGCUCUGCCUGCCGGUGUGGUCUCUGUAGCCCCCGGGCUGCCUGCAGUAGCCGCCCCGGGCCAGGACGUGAUGAACCCUUCCUCCCCUUUAGAGACGGGGUUGCAGGGUUCAGGGGUGGCGAGCCUUCAGCCCUACGGGGCAGAGGAGGUCAAGGUGAAGGUGGAGGUGAAGAGGGAGAACCUGCUGGAUGGUCUGCCUGAAGAUGGAGGACAGGAGUUCUCAAGCUCAGCAGCCAGCUCCUUUUUGGCUAUUAAUGAAACAACAGUUAAAAAAGAGGAGGACUUCGGUCUGUACAUCAAAGAAGAGAACCUCAGAGAGGAACACAGCAUGGGCGACAGCAGCAAAGAGGCUGGACCUCGCACCCCUCCUCCUCCACCCCCAGGUUUGGACCCCCCUCCCCCUCCCCCUGCGGAAAGAGAGUCCCCCUCUUCCUCAAAGAAGACCAAGUUCAGACCCCCGCCGCUCAAAAAGACACCUGACUCCCACGAAAAGGUCUUGUCGGAGACGUACUUCGAGGAGCGUUUUGCUGAGCUUCCAGAGUUUAACCCAGAGGAAGUCCUUCCCUCACCCACUCUGCAGAGCCUGGCCACCUCACCGAGAGCCAUCCUGGGGAGCUACCGCAGGAAGAGACGCAACUCCACCGAUCUGGAGGUGACAGCAGAAGAGCCCAGCUCCCCGAGGAGGAAGACCCGCUGUCUCUCCAGCUGCAGCUCGGAGCCCAACACCCCCAAGAGCGCCGCCAAGUGUGAGGGAGAAAUCUUCACCUUUGACAGAGCAGGUACAGAAGGAGAGGAUCUGCUUGGAGAUCUGGACCGGGUCCCCUACUCGUCCCUGCGCAGAACUCUGGAUCAGCGCCGGGCCCUGGUCAUGCAGCUGUUUCAGGAACAUGGCUUCUUUCCCUCAGCUCAGGCCACAGCUGCCUUCCAGGCACGUUACUCAGACACCUUCCCCUCCAAGGUGUGUCUGCAGCUGAAGAUCCGUGAAGUCCGUCAGAAGAUCAUGCAGACAGCCACGCCCGGGACCCUGGAGCCCGGAGUGUUAGCGGGGUUAGCUGAAGUGAGCCCCACCCCAACCCACAGCUCCUCUUUCAAUCAAUCAGUGCGGGAGGAGGGAGGUGCGGAGCAGCAGGGAGACAAAGGCCGGAAUCCCGAGGAGCCGAAAAGCGAAGGAUCGUAAAGCGGUAGAGGAUGACAAAGUUGAAAAAUCCAGGAGAAGAGAGAGGAGUGUGUCAUCCCCGCAGAAUGUUCUUGUAUGUGUUGAGUACUGUGAAUGGCUCCAGCGGGAUCCGUUCUUCUGGCACUAAUCUCCACCAGACCUGGGCAGAAAUACAUUUUACUAUGGUCACACAUAUUCAAACUACUCGAGGUGCGCUUGAUUAGACUUUUUUAUGAUUUUUAAAAGCCUAAAAAGGGGACAAAUCAUUUGCAAGUCCUGACAAGUCAUAGGCUUCUUGUAGUUUCCUUUUUUCCCCCUAAGUAUCCAGAAUAUGUUCAGUUUGCCCAGGUCUGCUCUCAGCACAUUUGUACAGUAGUUUUUAGUAUGAAACACACACAAACACUGGUGCAUAUGUAAUCUCCAGCAUGCACAUGAUCCUACAUACACACACAUGCACACACACCCUUACCAAAUCAGACUGUUACUCUUGGUCGGCAGUCCCCAGGAGCAGCCACCAAGGACCAUGACACAAAAAGGCACUUAUUGUGCAGAUGCAGUUUGCUGUUGCCAGACAGCCAGCCAGCCCUCAGAUGCCAUUGACCUCCUUCUCGCCCUUCCACUCCUCAGCACAGUGGUUGGGACGCAAACACAACCCCAAUGACCUCCACUGAUAUUCCACAGCCCCUCAAUGCUGCAAGACAGACAGCACACACACACACACACACACACACACACACACACACACAUACAGUACACAUACACACACACGCAGUGCAUGGACACAUCUGUGCAGUGUGAGCACUCGUACACGAAAUCGUCAACCCUGGUCUGACCAAGCCAUUGGCCUGCACAGUUUUUUGUGAUUGUAGUGAGAAGAGAAACUGACAGCAUGAAAUCUUUUCGCUCCUGGAAAACAGAGAGACGGCGGGAGUGCGAUGUAGUAUGACCAAUCUUUGCACCUUCAGUUAUUGCCAUUAUGAAAGACACAGUCCUCAUUGGCAGGAGCUGAUUAUAUAUAUUUGUCUGUAUGUCUGUUGGGGUUCCUGUCCCCAAAAGCCUGUGUGAACAGGCACCGUAAAGAGAUUAUGUAAAGACUAUUGGUUGUGAGGCUUUGAAGAAUCCACGUUAAGUUCGACCGGCUCCCGACAGAGUGCAGAGAAAAAGACAGAAGAUGAAGAAGAACCUGGAGGAUGCUCAUUGGACGGAAGAUUCAUAUUCCACCUUUAGGAAGACUGAUAUUAAUAGUGAAUAAGGACAUGACAAGCUUUCCAAAAGAGAGAAAAAAGUAGAAAUUUAACCAAACUUCUCUGAAUCUCCCAGUGGAUAUAAUGUUGCUUUCUCUUGUUAUCGUUGCCGUGGAAAUAACCAGUUUUACCGUGGCCUGUUUUUCUCUUGUGGCUCUAUUGUGUUUCUUCUCCGGCAUAAAAAAAAUCACAACAAAAAAAGAAAAACUCUGGACAAAGACAGGGGACAUAAUCAGUCUGCGCCCCCACCAUUUUUAAUUGUACCUGGGGCGGUUCUCACCCCCCCCCCUUUCCCCAUAUCUCUCCUCUUCAAUUUCUCACCAGAGAUAGAAGUGGGGGAGCAGGGGGCAUUUGUCGUUUUGUAAAAACGUUGAAAUCAGGUGUUUGCACAAUUCGUGUGGCCCUUCUCGCCGCAAGUUAAAUCAGGAAAGUAUUGUUUUUAGAGAUUGUUUUAGAAGUUGAAAUAAUAACCUUGUUCCGUAUGUUAUCCACCACCUUAUUCCUCCUUACUCCCCUCCUCUCCUCCCCACUUUACCUCCCUUGACCCCUCAAGUGUUGUUAGAAAGUGCCCUUAAGCACUGGUCCCGGGUCAAGCGCUAUGUAGCUCAGGAUGGUUCUGGUUAGGGUUAGUUCAGGGAAAGCAGAUCCUAGACCAGCCCUGGAGGGCAGUCUCUGGAGCACUCCCCUCUUCCCUCUCUUCUCGACACUUUAUCCUUUCCCGUCAAAUGGUGCAAUAGGACAUUUAUUUUUUUGGAAAUGGGUGGGUUAUUUUGUUUUCAGGGGAAAGGCUCUGUGCCAUAGAUAUUAAAUCCAGUGCAGUCAGUCAGUGAGAGGAAUGAGCUGUUGUGAUACUGUCUUUAACUAUGGUAUAAAACAAAAAAAGAAUCACGCAAUUAUUGUUAUUGUCAAAGAGAUAGAGAGUAUAACUUACUAAAAGUCAAAGACAAUUUUUGAAUAGCACUUUUUGGCUCUUUGCUUCCUCGGUGAAGAGUGGGGGUAGUUAUUAUCAUGGUAUCUCUUUUAUUUCUCUGUAUACAGUUGGAUGUGUGAAAAAAUAUAUAUACCGGUAUUUCCAUAUAUGUGCAUUUAGGUCUGUGUGUGUGUGUGUGUGUGUGUGUGUGUGUGUGUGUGUGUGUGUGUGUGUGUGUGUGUGUGUGUGUGUGUGUGUGUGUGUGUGUGUGUGUGUGUGUGUGUGUGUGUGUGUGUGUGUUUUGGCACAUGCGGGUAGUGUGUUAACACAACCGACCUCUUGUUCUUUCUCCACACUGCAAGAUCAUCAAAAGUAUAUUUUUCAUUGUAUUCUUCAUUAUAUAUUCUACAAUAGAUACAGUAUUUUUAUAGUCACCAUGACUAUUUUGUCCACCAUCUUGACUGUUAUCAAACCCAGUUGAUUCAGGAUAUAUAUAAAAUAUAUAUUCAGGAUACUAUAAAUAAAUAUAUACACACAGGUAAUAGAGGACUAUCAAUUUGGGGGUUAGGGCUUUAAAGUGUCCAUCUGCAUGCAUGUGAAAUCCCAUGCACACAUGCACACACCCACCAAGACAUAUGUGCAUACACACACAUGUAUGUGUGUACACUGUAUGAUUGUGCUUAAAAAUGAGCUGUCCUUACUUUGGAGAAGGAAUUUUAGGAUGAGCGAUGUGAGUGUUAUCUCAAGCAGGCAUGUUGACCAUGUGCAAUAUUUCUAAACAACAACAAAAAACUAAAUAUUGAAAAUAUUAAAGUUCUAACACAA